AUGUAUGACCAGUUAAAUAAAGCUUCUAGGACCACAACACGGAAAAUUGAGGGGUACCUUACUUUAUUACAGUGCUGGAUCUAUGAGCAUUUUCCGAGUGUGCAUCAAUGUGUCACCGAUGAUGCCUAUGAGGAGAUGUCCCCUCGUGCCUCCCGGUGGCUGACGAUGAAGGCUCAUAUGAAGGGAAUUACAGGAGCACCGUACCGGGCAUGUUGUUAUGCUUUGACUGUCACAGACGUGUGUUGGUUGCCUUACAGUGACCAUCGAGGGGUUAGGGGGUUUGAGCUAAUUUCAUCGUUCCAUGGUCAGCUGAGAUGGGGUCCUACGGUGGUCACAGUUCGACCGGAGAGGGCAGGUGACCAGCCCAGACAUGCACCUGGCCCAGACCAUGAGGACUACAUGCAGCCGGACAUCCCACAGGAUGAUUACGAAGGCUAUGAGACGAUUGCAGAAAGGUUGGAGCGUGUGCUCAACCUUAGGAUGGUCACUACAGGGACAGAGUUACAUGAUAUCAUGUAA